CGAUGUGGACUUCUCUGCGGGCUGUCAGCGAGCCCGCCUUCCCCAGAGGCCCCCGGCGCCGCUUCUGGGUCUUGGCCGCGGGCGCCGCCGCCGGGACCUUCCUACUGGGCUUCUUCGUCGGCUGGGUGAGUAAGCCCAUGGAUCCAUUGCCAGCGACCGGUUCCAACGGGAAAAUGAAGAAAACAUUUCUGACAGAAAUGAAAGCGGAGAACAUCCAGCAAUUUUUAUACAAUUUUACGCGGCGUCCUCACUUGGCAGGUACAGAAGAGAACCUACGCCUUGCCGAACAAAUCCAAGCCCAGUGGAAGGAAUUUGGCCUGGAUUCAGUUCAUCUGGCCCCCUAUGAGGUUCUGCUGUCUUACCCAAAUGAAACGAAUCCUAACUAUAUCUCGAUUGUUGAUGAACAAGGGCGUGAGAUUUUCAACACUUCAUUAUUUGAGCCUCCUCCUCCGGGGUAUGAAGAUGUCGGAGACGUUGUUCCACCCUAUAGUGCCUACUCAGCCCAGGGGAUGCCUGAGGGAGAUCUCGUAUAUGUGAACUACGGCCGCACAGAGGACUUCUUCAAAUUAGAACGAGACAUGGGGAUUAAUUGUUCAGGAAAAAUUGUCAUUGCCAGAUAUGGGAAAAUCUUCCGAGGAAACAAGGUGAAGAAUGCCAAGAUCGCUGGAGCCAAAGGUGUUAUUUUAUACUCCGACCCUGCAGAUUCCUGCGCCCCUGGGGUAAAUCCUUACCCUGAUGGCUGGAACCUUCCAGAAGGAGGAGUCCAGCGUGGAAACGUACUGAAUCUGAAUGGUGCAGGUGAUCCCCUGACCCCAGGAUAUCCAGCCAAAGAGUAUGCCUACCGCUACGAUGAAGCCAAAGCAACAGGGCUUCCGAACAUCCCUGUCCAUCCUAUCGGUUACCACGAUGCGGAGAAGUUGCUGAAGGAGAUGGGAGGUCGUGCCGCGCCGGACGACAGCUGGAAAGGAAACCUCUCGGUGCCUUACAACAUUGGGCCAGGUUUUGGAGGAAGUUUCUCAGAAAGGAAGGUCAAAAUGCACGUUCACAGCUUCAACAAAGUGACGAGGAUAUACAACGUGAUCGGCACUCUCCGAGGAGCGAAGGAACCAGACAGGUAUGUUAUUCUAGGAGGCCACCGUGACUCUUGGGUGUUUGGGGGAAUCGAUCCUCAGAGCGGAGCUGCUGUUGUUCAUGAGAUUGUCAGAAGUUUUGGAAAGCUCAAGCAGAAUGGAUGGAGACCCAGAAGAACAGUCAUCUUUGCCAGCUGGGAUGCUGAGGAAUUUGGCUUGCUAGGGUCUACAGAGUGGGCUGAGGAAAAUGUCAAACUAUUGCAGGAGCGUGCCGUGGCCUACAUCAACGCCGACUCUUCCGUAGAAGGCAACUACACCCUUCGAGUAGACUGCACCCCCCUGAUGUACAGCCUGGUGUACAAUCUGACGAAAGAGAUCCCAAGCCCUGAUGAAGGGUUUGAAGGCAGAUCUCUUUAUGAAAGCUGGUUGAAGAAAAACCCAUGGAAGGACGUCCCUUGGAUCAACAAACUUGGUUCGGGCAACGACUUUGAAGUCUUUUUCCAGAGGCUCGGGAUUGCAUCUGGCAGAGCUCGUUACACUAAAAAUUGGAAAGUGGACAAAUUUAGCAGCUACCCUGUUUAUCACAGCGUCUAUGAGACCUAUGAGAUUGUGGAGCGUUUUUAUGACCCCACUUUCAAGAACCACCGGGUUGUGGCCCAGGUUCGGGGAGGGCUGGUUUUUGAGCUGGCUGACUCCCUCGUCCUUCCUUUCGACUGCCGGGAUUAUGCAGAAGCAUUAAAGAGCUACACUCGUGUCAUUUACAACAUGACAAUGAAAUAUCCAACAAAAGUGAGCACAUACGGCAUAUCAUUGGAUCCACUUUUGUCUGCAGUGAAGAAUUUUUCAGAAGCUGCCUCUGACUUUCACAGAAGGCUUCAGCAAUUGGAUACCAGAAACCUGCUUGCAGUGAGGUCCCGGAAUGACCAGCUGAUGUAUCUGGAAAGAGCAUUUAUAGACCCUCUUGGUUUACCUGGCACACCGUUUUAUAGACACAUCAUCUUUGCUCCGAACCGUCACAACAAGUACGCCGGAGUGUCCUUUCCGGGGAUCUACGAUGCCUUGUUUGAUAUCAGCAGCCAGGCAGACCAACCCAAGGCCUGGGAGGAAGUGAAGAGACAGAUUUCCAUUGCGGCCUACACGGUGCAGGCGGCCACUGGGACUCUGAGAGAACCAUCGUGAAAUUAACAGAGGCUGGGAGAAAAUUGCCUUCAUCUGUGAAAACUUGUUCGGUUUGGAGUCUGGUGGCCCUAGAAAUGAUCCUCAUAUCCCUUCUUGCCUUCAAGGGAAUUAAGAUUAAUCUACACUGUCUUGAUAAUGAUCUUCAGGGACCAUGAGGAGAUGGAGGGCAGGCAUUCAUCUCCAUAUUAGUGGAAUUCCUUCCCUCUUCAGUCAAGGACAUAGGGUUGCCAACCUUCAGGCGGGGCCUGGAGAUUCCCCAGAAUUACAUGUCCAGACUACAGAGAUCAGUUCCCCUGGAGAAAAUGGCGGCUUUGGAGGGGGAACUCUGUGGCAUAAUACCCUGUUGAGGUCCCCCCUGCCCCCAAUUCCACCUGCCUCAGGCUCCACCCCAAAUCUUUAGGAACUUCCAAACCUGGAGUUGGCAGCUGGAGUUUAAGAUGACAUCAAGGACAGUAAACAGUGGAAGAAGGAUCUUUCACAACUGGCUCACACUGAUGCGAAUCAGCUUUCUUUCUAUUUUUCACUUUUCUGGGAUGGAAACCUUGCUACCCUUAACUGGUGAGUUAAAAACAAAGGAAGUUGGAUAGGAUUUAAACCUACUUUUAAAAAAUCUUUUAAUUCUAGCUUUAUUACAGGUGUGCAUCCCAAAUUCCUUGGAAUAUGUGCAUUACAAAAAACUUUUUAAAAAAAUUAAUAAAGAGCUAUGAGGAA